CAUUAGCGAGCUCGUCGCAAGCAUCUAGAUACACCCCCCAUGGACCCAUCCCGAAGCAAGGAUAGCAAGCAUGGUGCAUCCAGAAUUGGCCUUGUCGGCAAAAGAGGCCUUUUACUCGCCCUUUGCGAACCACGAAAGACAGAAGCAUGAAACGAAGGGAUUAUAAUAACAAAGCGUGCAGCCAUGGCAAAAGCCUUGCCAUGGUUGCCAUGGGAUUUCCCAAUCGGCUUCAAGUCACCUGUUCUGCCCGACCUUUUGUAUCGAAAUGGCUCGUCUCACGGACCCGGAGAAACGCGACAGGCAGCAAAAGGAGCUGGUGCGGAAGCGUGGCGGGAGUCUCAUGAGGAAGGCAGAGCAACUGGGGAGGCUUGGCGAGAUCUUUGUAUUUACCGUCUUCUAUGAUCCACUCUAUGGCUACGACGGCAUUGUCAACAUCCCCGAGGGCUUUGAAGAACCAAACAUCAAAAAAAUGUACGAAAUGCUACGCGACGGUUACAGACCUCCCCGAAGAACAAGACGGCGCUGUCCACAUUCAUCGUCACAGCGGCCGAAAGAGCCCCAAGAACAGCCCCAAGAGGCUGUGCUGGAUGAGAUCACAGUCGAGCCAAGUGACGGAAGCUGCGUGCACGAGGACGACGGCGACUCCUCAACAGGGGAAGCUGGCAACCAGGAGACCAAUGAGCCACAAGCAUACUCAAACGGAACAUCUGAGAUUGAUGCUCCCCAUGAGGUGGAUGACGAUUUCGAAACCCUCUUUGGGCAGAAGAAUACUUGCAAUGACUUGAAAGAAGCAAAUUUUCAGCUAGUAAGGAAGCAGCCAUCCACAGUGGUGAAGAGGAUAGUAGGGAUCCGCUCAAAAGAUGGAAGGUUCAUUCCGAAAAGAAUUUUCAAGGUAAGAAUACCUCGGGUGCGCAUCGGCGGGUAGAUUUGACAUUAUAGAGUUACACUAAUGUCCACUGUAUAUCGUGCUUGAAACAUUGGCAGUUCUCGCUAAAGCAGGAUCAGAAAUUCAUAAUAGGCCACAUGAUAAUGGGUACAAGGCACACAUAGGCUGUAGUUAAAUCGUCCCCUCACCAAAAGCUGUUCCAAACCAAGAACCCCUAAUCUCACUUGCAGUGCCCUUGAUUCCUUCCGUCUCCUCCUUAUCAAGGAUAAUUCCAAAAUAUAACCGAAUAGCCUCGAUACGAUCCGCUUCGGUGCGGAACUCAAGGCUCAGUUUCAAAUCCCCUUCCCUCCGCCAUUUCAACCUAUUCUGAUAUAGCACAAUAGAGCCGUCCAGCUCGCCAUCCAUAACAUCCUUCACAUUCGUUCUCCCAGAUGCAGUUAGGGGCUCAUUUGAUGUUGUGAAUCGCUGAAGCAACAAUUCACGUGAUGUGAAACAUGUGCGGCUCAUGCCAUGCGUGUUUAGGAUCUCGAUAUCCUCGGGCAGGAACUCAAAGUCCGAGUUGAAACAGCACAUUGGCCGCCACUCCUCAUCAGGGCCACUCCGGAACUGAUAUACCCAUAGCCGCCUAGUUUGAUCGACCUGCUGUGCAAUCGCCUGUUUCACUACUCGCAUCUCCGCUCGAGGUCCUAUGUGCUGUAGACCGUUCGGUUCAAUGCCUCCCGUUCCCUCGAGCAAUGGUACAGGCUGGGGUGGACCGUAUCCACCAAAGCCCACAUCGAGCAAAUAGUGUACGCCACCGAUCUUGACAAUAUUGACGCAAUGCACAAGUCCGCCGAAUCUGCCGUUGCAGGGCUCAAAGACUCGCGAACCUGCCAGAAUGACGUCGAAUCCCAGCGACAGGAGGACCGUAUUGAGCAAUUGGUUCGUCUCAAAGCACCAACCACCGCGGCGGUGGCGGACGAUCUUCUCAAAAAGACGCGUCGGCGAAACACCGAGCCCCUUGUGCCAGGAGUAAUGAGCCUGAAGAUUCUCGUAAGGCACGCUGACAAGAUGAUGCUUCUUAAGUAGGGUAAGGUAGGCUAGUUGUUGAACAGAGGUAAGGUUGCUGACGGAGAAGAUUCGCUGCGUAGGAGAAAGGUGGAUUCGAUUGAAAUACUGAGCUAUUUCGAAGUGGGCGUAUCCUGGCCGCUUGCAUUGUUGGGCUGAUGAUGCUGUGCUAUUGAAGCGAGCCGAUAAUAUUUGGCGCGACAGGCCUCGGAAGGAGACUGACGUUUUAGGAAUGAUCAUGAUUGUAGCUAGCUAGCCCGCAGAAUAGGGCGAAAAGAUACUGUAGUUACCAAAAGAGAGUAUCGGGUUGUCCUAGUUCGGUCUAUUUUUAUUGAAGGAAUGUCCAAAACAGGUUGUUCAAUUCCACGAAUGAGCAGCAGAUGGGGAGGCCGCACAUAUGCUUUCCCAGAGUCAGUCCCAUCUUGCUUAUUA